AUGUCAGCUUUUCAAGCCGAAGUUAAUGGGUUAGCUGAAGCCCACUUUCCAGAGGCCGAGGAGGAGGAGACGACGAAGGAGUGCACCAAGAGUCACAGGACUCGCUUGACUCAGAUUCCACUUGGCUUUUUGGGAUCUGCCUGUCCUCAGGCCUCCCUCAUCUAUCUGCUCUGCUUCUGUCUACCAGGCAGGAAGACGGUGGCCACAAAGAAGACGAAAAAGUCACUGGAGUCGAUCAACUCUAGGCUCCAACUGGUUACAAAAAGUGGAAAGUACAUGCUGGGGUACAAGCAGACUCUGAAAAUGAUCAGACACGGCAAAGCGAAACUGGUCGUCCUUGCCAACAACUGCCCAGCCUUGAGGAAAUCUGAAAUAGAGUAUUAUGCCAUGUUGGCCAAAACUGGUGUCCAUCACUACAGUGGCAAUAAUAUUGAAUUGGGCACAGCAUGUCGAAAAUACUACAGAGUAUGCACACUGGCUAUCAUUGAUCCAGGUGAUUCUGGUAUUAUUAGAGGCAUGCAAGAACAGACUGGUGAAAAGUAA